AUGCAGGCGUCUUUCGGAGUGCGUCAUCAUAUCAUCCUUAGACCAUCCCUGCAAUAUUCAAGGACUCUGAUUUCUCCAGAAGAAAUCGUGCUGGAAGCUCUGCUUAUAUACUACUCAAGAUGGGUCAAUCCGGAAGAAAGUGAUCAUCUGGAUGGCGGAGCUCUUAGAGGAGGCCAUGACGCACCCCGGGUUGGAGAAGCCAUCGAAGUUGAAAGUGUCCCAUCCGAUCCUCGGUUCAAUACCCAUCAUGUCGUGUAUAGAAAAGUCUUUCAAGAAACUUUUCUUCAUUUCCCAACUACUUUUGAUAUUUCCCUUGAAGCUGGACACGAAGGGAUUUCAACGUUCUUCUUGGUUAACGGCAUGUUGCAUAGCUCAUUUAUGUUUUUUGCUUGGUGGUGUAAUGCGUUGCCUAAUGUAAGCCGCCUAACUGCUAUGCUUCGAGAUCUGAAAGCCAUUGACACUCUCCUGAAUGGUUACUUUACUGAUUUUGAUAAAUGUAUGUCUUUUAAAAGUACAUGUUUCAUUGCGAUGUACGUAUUAGUUGUCGGUGUGAUGGACCAGUUAUCAUCCGACUACGAAGAUUUUGAACCAACAAGUCGCAGGACUGAUGCAUCUCAAGCUCCCUCCAUUGAGGACUGUCGUCAGACUGACCAAGAUCUGCAGGCGGCUGUCGGACUGCGCUACGAUGGCAAACGAUAUUUAUUCUCUCCAACUUCUGAGAUUUUAAAUCGACAAGUCGAUGGACUGAUGCAUCUCAAGCUCCCUCCAUUGAGGGCUGUCGUCAGACUGACCAAGACCUGCAGGCGGCUGUCGGACUGCGCUAGGACGGCAAACGGUAUUUAUUCUCUCCAACUUCUUAAUACCGCUUCUGAACAAUUACUUGACCCAUCACAAAUGAUAGGCCAUGGGGUCUGGUAUUUAGGAUGUGCCAAGAGCGUUUGUUCUUUAGACCAUUCUUACAACAUUCGUAGACCAAGUUGUUCUCUUUGCGGCGGCCUGUUCCUGCCGGCCAUCGAGCCUACAGCGGACGUAGUUCACCGACCGAAAUCAUGUAUUAUUAACCUUUUGUAG